AUGAUGGUGAUAUCUGGGACGUCGGCGUCAACGUCCUCAGCUGAAUCCAUCCACGGGUUCCGUGAUGGCAGGGGCACCACUCGCCAGCCAGCAAUAUUGUCGACAUCCUCAAUUACAGCAUCAAUAGGAGGGCCAGACUUCAUUAUCUUGGGCGAGGACUUCGUCCAGUGGGGCAAUAUUCUUCUUGAUGUCCCACAAAUAGUGGGCUUGGACACACUUUGUCAUGAAUUGGGAUAUAGUCCUUCAGUAAAAAGAAUAAGUCUCCUUUCCCUAUGGUUACCACGUAUCCCGGAACAACAGGAAGCGAGGCCAAGUCAGGUGCUGCUCAUCGUUCAUCUCGUGGACUCAUUGAAUUUAUCGAUCAAUCAUCACUAUACAGAUACAAUGGAGGCAAAGAAGAAUUUACUCUGCGCUCAGCUCGAGGGUCGUGAGUCGCCUGCUCCGGAAAGCCAGACCGCCGAGCAGCAAGCGCCGCUCUGCUGGGGUAGAAUCCCUCGCAAUCUGCAGCAGCCGGCAUACAAUCCAACGGAGAGCUCUGACCCUGUCAAGCCCUUUGUGUUGGAAAGUAACCCUGUUCAUCCUCUUGAAGCGCCGUUGGCGGCGCAAUAUGCACACGAUAAGAAAGGGAGUAUCUCAAAAUGA